AUGCUUCCACGCACCAAGUACAAUCGCUUCAGGAAUGACUCGGUGACAUCGGUCGAUGACCUUCUGCACAACCUGUCGGUGAGCGGCGGUGGCAAGGUCUCGGCGGCGCGCGCGGCCCCGGCGGCGGCCCCCUACCUGGUGUCCGGAGACGCGCUGCGCAGGGCGCCCGACGAUGGGCCGGGCAGCCUGGGCCACCUGCUCCACAAGGUGUCCCACCUGAAACUCUCCAGCUCGGGCCUCCGCGGCCUGUCGGCGGCCAGAGAGCGGGCGGGCGCGCGGCUCUCGGGCAGCUGUAGCGCUCCCAGCCUGGCCGCCCCGGACGGCAGCGCGCCCCCCGGCCCCCGCGCCCCGGCCAUGCGCGCCGCCAGGAAGGGCCGACCCGGCGACGAGCCGCCGCCCCGCGCCCCGCACGCUAGCGACCAGGUGCUGGGGGCCGGAGUCACCUACGUCGUCAAGUACUUGGGGUGCAUUGAAGUUCUUCGCUCAAUGAGGUCACUUGACUUCAGUACAAGGACACAAAUUACCAGGGAAGCCAUCAGCCGGGUUUGCGAAGCCGUCCCUGGUGCCAAGGGAGCCUUCAGGAAAAGAAAGCCUCCGAGCAAAAUGUUGUCCAGCAUCCUGGGCAAGAGCAACCUCCAGUUUGCGGGGAUGAGCAUCUCCCUGACCAUAUCCACCGCCAGCCUGAACCUGCGGACCCCGGACUCGAAACAGAUUAUAGCGAAUCAUCACAUGCAGUCCAUCUCCUUUGCCUCUGGGGGAGACCCGGAUACAACAGACUACGUUGCGUACGUAGCUAAGGACCCUGUUAAUCGCAGAGCUUGUCACAUUCUGGAAUGUUGUGACGGGCUGGCCCAGGAGGUCAUCGGCUCCAUCGGACAAGCCUUUGAGCUCCGGUUUAAGCAAUAUUUGCAGUGUCCUUCCAAGAUCCCCUCUCUCCAUGACCGAAUGCAGAGUCUAGAUGAGCCAUGGACUGAAGAGGAGGGUGAUGGCUCAGGCCACCCAUACUACAACAGCAUUCCAAGCAAGAUGCCUCCUCCAGGGGGGUUUGUAGAUGCUCGACUGAAAGCCAGACCCCACGGUCCUGACACAGCCCAGUUUGCAGGAAAAGAGCAAACCUACUACCAGGGGAGACACUUAGGAGACCCGCUUGGCGAAGACUGGCAGCAAACAGGUGAGAGGCAAGGGUCCUUGGACAUCUACAGCAUGCCGGAAAGGAAAUCGCAUGUGGCCCCUACAGGAGAAGCCCCCACCUAUGUCAACACCCAGUGCAUCCCGCUGCAGGCUGGGCUGGCCGCGGGCAGCAGUGCAGAAAGCAGCCCACGGAAAGACCUCUUUGACAUGAAACCUUUUGAAGAUGCUCUCAAGAACCAGUCCUUGGGGCCUGUGUUGAGCAAGGCAGCCUCCGUGGAGUGCAUCAGCCCUGUCUCACCCAGAGCCCCGGAUGCCAAGAUGCUGGAAGAGCUGAAAGCAGAGCCUUGGUACCAGGGGGAGAUGAGCAGGAAGGAGGCAGAGGGGCUACUGAAGAGAGAUGGAGACUUCCUGGUCAGGAAGAGCACCACCAACCCAGGCUCCUUUGUCCUCACUGGCAUGCACAACGGCCAGGCCAAGCAUCUGCUGCUCGUGGACCCGGAAGGCACGAUCCGCACAAAGGACAGGAUCUUUGACAGUAUCAACGACCUCAUCAACCACCACCUGGAGAACAGCCUGCCCAUCGUCUCUGCCGGGAGUGAGCUCUGCCUUCAGCAGCCGGUGGAGAGGAACCCGUGA